GAAGCAGAUCUUAUGUUGCUAUUAGUUUUGCGGAUUUACCAGUAUGUUAAUUAUUAAGACGAAUUUAAGAUGUUUUCUACUUAUGCUUGUCCAUCUCAUUUCAUCCUAUCCUACUCUUCAACUUGAUAUAAAAAUAACCGAACGCUGGAUGUACAUUCUGCAGUGAAAUCUUCGAGAUGAAAGUGCUAUUUCUAUUUUUUUUCUUGUGCCUAUCAACUUUUGCUCAUGCAUGGGUUGCAAGGGGUCAAACUGAUAGUGAAAAAAUGAAAGGUCAUCCAAAUGAAUGCUGGGUUGAAGAUAUUGGUUAUAUUGCCUCUGGGAGAACUAUGAGAUUGCCAAAACAAUGUGCUGAAGUAUCUUGUGAACAGAACGGCUCAUACUCCAUAACUGGGUGUAUUGUAGUCAAUGUCGAGCCACCUUGUAAAGUGGACAAAGGUGAUCUAUCAAAGCCAUAUCCAGAUUGUUGCUUCGAAAUCCAAUGUCCCAAAAAAUCUGGACAAAAAAAUUGAACGCAAUAGGUUUUUCUUUUGAAUAUGUAUCAGGUGUUGAAUAUUAAAAUAUAAUGAUAA